CACCACCGCAAGAGUUUCGGCAACACUACCGCCACAACGCCCGCCGAACAAGGUAAUCCGGCCCGCGCCGACAUCGCCCAUCCCUCCGUUCGCACGUCUGGCCAAGCACGAGCUCAACGCCCUCAAACCCACUCCUAACCUCCCAUCUACACUCCUCACUCGCCCAUCUCACAUCUCCAAGCAUCCACCCAUUCUCCGCACAACCCCCACACCCCGCAGGAGCCAACGUACCACACCAGCAGAAAAAAACUUCCUCAUCCGGCUAGUGCCCCAGAAACCCUCGAAUGACAUGGCGACGCGGCACGCCAGCCCCAGUCCCGCGCUGCACGCCACGCGCCGCGGCCCAACCCCGUCUGCGUUGCCGUCUACGUUGCCGUCUGCGUUGCCGUCUGCGUCUGCGUCUGCAUGCAGCACGCCGCUGAGCACCCCAUCACCCCUCUCCCCGUGGCGAAUCGAACACACCACCCCGGCGACGCUGCACGACGCAUCCCGCUUCGUCAACGCGUCGCGGCGCAUCCUGUUCCCCUCGCUGGGCCACGACGCGCUGCUCGACGCCCCGGGCGUGCUGGAGCGCGGGUGCGUGCUGGUGGCGCGGGAGGCCGGGGGUGGUGCUGUGGUCGCGGCGAUUGCGUAUGUGCCGUUUGACUACCGGUUUGCGCAGCUGCCGGCGCCGUUGGGGGGCGGGUCUGCGAGUUCCUCGUCGUCUUCGCUGGACACGUGUCCGGACCGCGAGUGUAGGACUGUCGAGGUGAUUCGUUUGUUUGUUCUGCCGCAGUAUCGGCGGCACGGGCUGGCUGCGUCGUUGUUCCAUGCUCUGCGGGAUCAUGCGCUUGCUUCAGGGGUGCAAUGCAUGUAUCUACACACACAUCCCUUCCUGGCAGGCGCUAUUCGAUUUUGGGAGAAACAGGGGUUCGAUAUCAUAUGCGUAGACGAUGAAGAUGAGGUUUGGCAAACCCAUCACAUGUCCAUGAUGCUUCGCCAUGACACGCCGAGAGCGACUUGAGCUCAUUUGAUCUAUCGAGCGCUUGUAACGAGUGCAAGUCUGUCUUGUUGCAUACUGUACUAUCGAUACUGUUGUAGACUACAUCAACCGCCAGGUAUUACUAUUCCCCUAAGACAAUGCAGCCACAUCGAUGCACCGUUACAUGUGCCUCUCAAUCCUUCCAAUUCUAGGAGGCGUUUCGUCCAUC